AAUCAAAACUUUCUUGCCGGGCACGGUGGGUCUCUUCCUUUAGAAAAGGGCUAAAAGCCUAAAAGCUAAAACCUCUUAUAUGAUUCUCUCAUGAGCAGCAAAAGCAGCAAUUCGAGGACUCUGUUGCAGCAGGGCAUGGUGUUUCCGCUAGUGAAGCUAGGAUCCCUAGCGCUACGAACCAUCUGCAAACCCAUCGCUAACCGCCUCAAGAAACAAGCCGGAAUCAACCCUGGGUUCCGUCAAUUCAUCGUCAACAUUGCCCAGGCGAAUCAUAGGUUUACGACAAAGUUGCAAAGACAGGCUUCUGGUCGUGUAACUGAUGCGAUUAUUAGGCCUUUGAACGAAGAGAGAGCUGUUCAGGCCGCUGCUGAUCUUCUCGGGGAAAUCUUUGCCUUCACGGUUGCAGGGGCUGCUCUUGUCUAUGAGGUGCAGAGAAACGCCAGAGGCGAAGCUAGAAAAGAAGAGAAGCGACAAGAAGAACUACAGGAAUUCAGGCUCAGACAUAAGAAGAUGGAGAGCGAAGUGGAAGCGAUGAAUCAAAGGAUCUCCAUGAUCUCUGAAGCUCUUUCUAAACAAAGAGCUCUCGCUGCGCAAGAGCUUUCUAAACAAAGAAAGCCUGCAGAAGAUGUUUCUAAACCAAGAGGACUCGCUUGGCUCUACAGCUUUGUUUAUUGUGGGAGUGCUCCUGAGAAGGAGAGCUAAAGACGCAAAACCCUUAGCUCUUCAGCUUUGCUUGUAAUAUAGUUUCUGUCUUAGUUUCUGAUAUAAACAGAUUAGUUAAUUGCAGAAGAGAAGAGACGUGUGUUUUGUUCAGGCUUCCAACAACUAUUUCAUAAACCCAAA